AUGGACGUGGACGCGCGGAUGGCCACGGAGUCGGACUCCGACUCCGACGCCGCCGCCGCGGCGCAGCAGGCCGGCGGCACCGUGAGCGUCCCCGUUAGCGGGACCGAGACCCCCUCCGUGUCGCCGCCGCCCGAGGCUGCGGCGGGCGCAGUAGCUCCUCCGGCGGCGGUGGCGGGGCCGAGGCCGGCCCCCGGGUACACGGUGGUGGACGCGCUGAUGGACAAGAAGGAGGACGGGCCGGGGUGCCGCUGCGGGCACACGCUCACGGCCGUGCCUGCCGUCGGGGAGGAGGGCUCGCCGGGCUACAUAGGCCAGCGGCUGAUCCUCUUCGGCGGCGCCACCGCGCUCGAGGGCAACAACGCCACGCCACCCUCGUCGGCUGGGAGCGCCGGGAUCCGUCUUGCUGGUGCCACCGCAGAUGUUCACUGUUACGAUGUGCUAUCAAAUAAAUGGACCAGGCUUACUCCACUUGGUGAACCUCCUUCACCAAGAGCUGCACAUGUAGCAACUGCUGUUGGAACCAUGGUGGUCAUUCAGGGUGGUAUAGGCCCUGCUGGUUUAUCUGCAGAGGACCUUCAUGUUUUGGAUCUUACACAACAACGUCCGCGAUGGCACAGAGUCGUGGUUCAAGGGCCUGGUCCUGGUCCACGAUACGGACAUGUCAUGGCCUUGGUUGGGCAGCGAUUCUUGUUGACCAUUGGCGGAAAUGAUGGAAAGCGUCCCCUGGCAGACGUUUGGGCCCUUGAUACUGCAGCAAAGCCAUAUGAAUGGAGGAAACUUGAACCAGAAGGCGAAGGGCCGCCUCCAUGCAUGUAUGCAACUGCAAGUGCCCGCUCUGAUGGUCUUCUUUUGCUCUGUGGUGGGAGGGACACUAAUAGUGUGCCUCUGUCAAGUGCGUACGGUCUUGCAAAGCAUAGGGAUGGGCGCUGGGAGUGGGCAAUUGCCCCUGGUGUGUCUCCAUCACCCAGAUAUCAACAUGCAGCUGUUUUUGUCAAUGCACGACUUCAUGUCUCAGGAGGGGCUCUUGGAGGCGGUCGCAUGGUAGAAGACUCCUCUAGUGUGGCAGUGUUGGACACUGCUGCUGGAGUUUGGUGUGACACAAAAUCAGUAGUUACAACUCCAAGGACAGGAAGAUAUAGUGCAGAUGCAGCGGGCGGUGAGGCUUCUGGAGAGCUUACACGAAGGUGCAGGCAUGCAGCUGCUGCGGUUGGUGAUAUGAUAUUCAUUUAUGGAGGUUUACGGGGAGGUGUGUUGCUAGACGACCUUCUUGCUGCAGAAGAUCUUGCUGCUGCUGAAACAACAAGUGCAGCUAACCAUGCAGCUGCAGCUGCCGCUAACAUGCAAGCUGGAGGAACACCUGGCAGAUUUGCUUACAAUGAUGAACAAACAGGGCAAACAACUACAGAAACAACUGCUGAUGGAGCUGUGGUUCUUGGAACCCCAGUUGCACCUCCUGUUAAUGGGGAUGUGUAUACUGAUAUCAGCCCUGAGAAUGCAGUGAUCCAGGGACAGAGGAGAUCGAGCAAAGGUGUUGAUUAUUUGGUUGAAGCAUCUGCUGCAGAGGCUGAGGCAAUCAGUGCGACUUUGGCUGCUGUAAAGGCCAGGCAAGUUAAUGGUGAGAUGGAGCAUUCACCUGACUCUCCAGACGCCACACAAAGCGGGAAGCUAAAUUCAAGCCUUAUCAAACCAGAUGUUGCUCUUGCAAACAAUUCAACACCACCUCCCGGGGUUCGGUUACACCAUAGAGCAGUUGUGGUAGCAGCAGAAACAGGAGGUGCCUUAGGUGGCAUGGUUAGGCAGCUGUCAAUUGAUCAGUUUGAAAAUGAAGGAAGAAGGGUUAUCUAUGGCACUCCUGAGAAUGCAACUGCAGCUAGAAAAUUACUGGAUCGACAAAUGUCUAUUAAUAGCGUGCCCAAAAAGGUAAUUGCCUCUCUCUUGAAACCCCGUGGUUGGAAGCCCCCUGUACGAAGGCAAUUCUUCUUGGACUGUAAUGAGAUUGCAGAUCUAUGUGAUAGUGCCGAAAGGAUAUUUUCAAGUGAACCAAGUGUCAUAAAGCUUAAAGCUCCUAUUAAGAUAUUUGGUGAUUUGCAUGGUCAAUUUGGUGACCUGAUGCGCUUAUUCGAUGAGUAUGGUGCUCCCUCAACAGCAGGAGAUAUUGCUUACAUUGAUUAUCUCUUCUUGGGAGACUAUGUUGAUCGUGGUCAACAUAGUUUGGAGACUAUUACUCUUCUCCUUGCACUGAAGGUUGAAUAUCCUCACAAUGUACAUUUGAUUCGAGGGAAUCAUGAGGCAGCAGAUAUCAAUGCGCUGUUUGGGUUCCGGAUAGAGUGCAUAGAGCGAAUGGGUGAGCGGGAUGGAAUCUGGACCUGGCAUCGCGUUAAUAGGUUAUUUAAUUGGCUUCCUUUGGCUGCCCUAAUAGAGAAGAAAAUAAUCUGCAUGCAUGGUGGUAUUGGGCGUUCCAUUAACCACAUAGAGCAAAUUGAAAAUCUUCAAAGACCGAUUACCAUGGAAGCAGGCUCAGUUGUUCUAAUGGAUCUUUUAUGGUCGGAUCCAACUGAGAAUGACAGUGUUGAAGGACUCAGACCAAAUGCUCGGGGCCCAGGUCUUGUCACCUUCGGGCCUGACCGUGUUAUGGAGUUCUGCAACAACAAUGACCUACAGUUAAUUGUGCGAGCACACGAGUGUGUGAUGGAUGGCUUUGAGCGUUUCGCCCAAGGUCACUUGAUCACCCUCUUCUCGGCAACAAACUACUGUGGUACGGCAAACAACGCAGGUGCAAUCUUAGUUCUGGGAAGGGAUCUUGUGGUUGUCCCAAAACUCAUUCAUCCUUUGCCACCUGCCAUUACAUCUCCUGAGACAUCCCCGGAGCAUCAUAUUGAGGACACAUGGAUGCAGGAACUAAACGCCAACAGGCCACCAACUCCAACCAGGGGCCGCCCUCAAGCAGCUAACAAUGACCGAGCAGGCCCUCUUGCAUGGAUAUAG